AUGAAGAAUAAUCAGAAUAAUUCAGGCACAUUAAAGUUGCCUCAAGCUAUUGAUUUUUCAUUAAAUUAGCGCAUCUAAUUCAACUCACCUCGCUUCAAUGUGGAGGAAAACGCUAAACUUAGUACUCCUAAUCUGAAGGCUAAUGUGUUGAGUUCUAGCAAAAUCGGCUUUAAGUCUAAUUAGUCUAGUCUAUAAUUUAAUAACUAACAGCUUUAAUAAUCUUAGCAACCAUAAUUAUUGACCUCAUAGAGUCCUCUGCAAAAUUAAUUGUAGCCCAGCAGCAUAAGCUCAACACCAAAAAUAUUAUCAUUUAAUUAAGAGCAAAAGCGAGGAUUUUCAGCUAAGAAAAAAGAGUAGGAGUAGUCAACGAAUUCUAUUUCAGGUUAUGUUUAAAAGUUUUUUCAACAGCAAUAAUAGUAGCAUUAAUCCUCAUCGUUAUCAAAUCAAAAUGAAGCAAUAGAUAUUAAUAGUUUAUCGAAAUAAGCAAUAAGAAAAUAGCCAGUAUAAGCUCCUUACAUGAUAAAAAAACAAAGUAUUGGGAACUUUUAGACUGUAGAUAUAAAUUUAAACUCUCUUUCACCAUCUUCAAAUAGUAUAAAUAGCUAAAAUUUACCUCUAUCUCGUAAGGCUUCUCAUAGAAAGACCCAGAGUACACUUUUAAAUUAGUAGUAGCCAGUUUCAUACUCAUAAAGCUACUAACUCAAUAAUUUUUAAAAAUCUAAGGAUUUUUCAGCAGAAGAAGUAUUUUCUGAUGAAAAAAAUGCUUCCAAAAGCACUACAAGCUAAGAAAAAACAUUCAAUAAUAUUUCAAAGAACUAAAGUGUUUCAACUAAUAUCCCUUAACUUCCACUUAAUUUCAGUUCAACUCCUUCAUUAAGCAAUCCUCUUAGUCAGAAUAAAAACUAGAUAUUAUUAAGUAAUUAUAUCACAAAAGUUAACAAAGAUGACUCCAAUGUUAAGACAAAUUCAGUUUUUCAACCUUCUUCACCAUACUUCAAUCAAUAAAUUACCAAUAUAUAGUAGUCAAGUACUCAAAAUGAGAAACUAUAACAUGGCUAAAGCAAUCUUAAUGAAAAUUAAACAAAAUCUGCAAGAUCAACACCUAAGCAUAAUUUUGCUCUAGAGGCAAACUAAACACCAAAGCAGAAACCGGCUGAAUUAGGAUAUCAUCCUUUCUCAGCUAAGAAUUCUUCAUCUAAAAAAGUCUUUGGAUAAAACAUCUUAUCAAAUAAUUUGUAAACUAAUUAAAGAGGAAAUCGCAGUAGUUCUGGACAUAUAAGUUUAAAUAUAAAAAGUUAGAAUUAAAAAGGUGAGGUUAUGAUACAAAAGAAGCUUGAGCAAAUCAACACAGAAAGAGUUGGUGCAGGCAAAAGUUACAGUUUUACUUAAGGUCAACUUCAAUAGGUAUUAGCAAAUAGCAAUUCAAACAUGAUAGUUUAGAACUCUAAUACAAAUAGUUCAAGUCCCUAGUCUGAUCAGUAACAGUUCUUUGGAAAUAAGCUAAGUAGCCAACAAAGAAAAUAAAAUAUAGGAAUAACCACUCUUUAACAAAACAAUUCGUAGCCUAUCAUUCAAAAUGCUCACAUCAUUAAAAAAGCUAAAAUCGAGAUAAACAGAAAAAAGUAAGCUUCCCAUUCAGAUCUUGAAAAGGAUGAAUCAUCUAAUUAAUCUCAAGGAGUAAACUCCUAAACUGAGAGGUAACAAAGAAAAGAACCUUAAAGUAACUUUAACAUUUAAAUUUAGAGCAAUCAAAAUUAUAAAGAUAAGAUAGUAAAGCAAUAGUAAUAGCUAAGCCUUCUUGUUUCAUAGUAAAAACAAGAGUAAAUAAACGAUUUUGAAUUCGAUAUUAAAGACAAAAAUGAUGAGAAAGAAACUUAAUCUUGCGAGAGUGAAAACUCAAGCAUAAACAAUAAAAACAACUUAAAAAAUAUGAAUAUUAGCUCAGAAAAUGUAACUCCUGUGAACAACAAUACUACCAAUAGUAAUAAGAAAGCUCUUGUGAGUAAACUGCAUGACAAGUAACACCCAGAAGUAUAAUAUUAUCACUAUGGCUUAAUGAAAGCAUUUAAAACUCCUUAUCCUAUGGAUCAAAUGUCAAUAUUAUUUAGACAACAUUUCUUACAAACCUGCCAAGGAGUACUUUACUCCAACCUUGCAAGACCUGUAAAUCCGAAAGAUUUAGUUGCAAAAAGAGUUCAGCUUGGUCCUCGUAAUCCAAAAUAUAAAAAAACUUUGAUAUUUGAUAUGGAUGAAACCUUAAUUCAUUGUAAUGAAAGUGCUUCAACACCUUCUGAUGUGAUUGUUGAUGUUAGAUUCCCAACUGGAGAGUUUAUUUAAGCUGGCAUUAAUAUCAGACCCUACGCUAUUGAAAUUUUAUAAGAAUUGAGCGAAGAAUUUGAAAUUGUUAUAUUCACUGCUAGUCAUAGUUGUUAUGCAUAAGCUGUCAUAGAAUACUUAGAUCCUCACAGAAAAUAUGUGCACCAUAGAUUUUACAGGGAUUAAUGCAUUUAAACUCCUUAAGGAGUUUACAUAAAAGAUUUGAGAGUUUUUUAAGAUCGCCAAUUAAAUGAAAUAGUUCUUAUUGAUAACGCUGCUUAUUCAUUUAGCUUUUAAGUUGAUAAUGGUAUACCAAUCGUCCCAUUCUAUGAUAAUAAAUCUGACACUGAACUUUUACAUCUCUGUAGCUAUCUUCGAAACCUUCAUAAUGUUAAUGAUGUGAGAGCUUACAAUCGCCAAAAUUUGAAAAUGCAUCUUUUCAAUGAGCCUGAAGGUCCACAGAAGGUGUAUGAAAAUCUCUAUAAAAAAAGCUUAUGA